GAAGGACGGCGUCGCACUCGGGCCGAAGCUCCCAGGGUUCUGGACGUCUGGUUUUAACGUCGUGUAGAGAGAUGACUCCAGCGCCGAGGUUCCUGUUCCUGGUGCUCGCCGUUCUGCCGGCGCUCUGCAGUGGAAAAGAUCCAGAGAACGGUUCCAGGCUGGCGGAGCUGGUGGGCACCGGGCGCCAGUGUGUGGAGUCUGUACUCGGGUCCCAGACGAUCGAGCUGUGCUGCACGGUUUGGAACAUGGCCCUGCAGUUCGUGGCUGAAGGAGCCGCCGCCGGCCUCAACGUCAUCGCCGUUUACGUGGCGGAGAUCCUGCGUGCCACUGGACUGGCCGACCCCAUCUACAUCCCUCGCUUCACCCCUCAGGGCAUGACCCAGGUGGCGCAGUGGGGGCUCCUGGCCGUGAUCGGUUACUGGCUGCUGUACGCCGCGCUGCGUGUGGGCGUGGCCUUCGUGCGGCGGACGUUCUGGAUGCUGAAGGUGGUGGCGUUGCUGUGGAUCUUCGUCAGGAUCAUCAGCGACCACGGCGCCUCGGACGAAACCACGGCGGUUCGCCUGUGCUGGCUGGUGGCGCUCAGCGCGGCGUGGAGCGUAGCCACCAGGGGGCGGAGCGCGGGCGACGCCAGCCAUGUGGAGAAGCGGCUGGUGAACCUGGAGGAACGAGUGGCGGCGAUGGAGAGACGGCGGGCGGAGUGAGGAGGCGCUGGAGGACUCGAACUGUGGGGUUCUGGGGUCUCGUUUGUUUGUGUUUGAUGUUUGUGAGGUUAUUAAAUAGUGUGUGGGUGGUGCACAGCUCAGGGUUCGAUCCUGGGGGUUUGAGAUUUGGAGUUUCUCUGAUGUCAGUGCUGGUUUCUUUCAGGUUCUUCUGAUCUAAGAGAUCUACUAGAUUACAAUUUUUUACGCAUAUUAGAAAUCCUGAGGGCGCUCGGGUGGUUGACUGCGGUGGCGCACCACUACGGAGCAUUUAUAGUCACAGGUUCGAAUCUCGGCGGAGACGCUGACCUGGCCGGGCGUCCACACAGACACGAUUGGUCGUGUUAGAUGUAGGGGAAGGUUGGCAGCGUCGAUAUGCAAUCUUUGGGACUGAGGGGUGGGGGUGGGGGGUUACAUAGAGCUUAGCGUGGCUCUCUGUACGCGAUACGGCUCUCUGUAGGAACCCGACACUGGUAGGUGAUAAGAAGCGGCAGCAGAUUGGAUACGUCUCCCCCGGUGAUCUGACACUUCUCGAUCAGAUCAGGGUUGUACAAUAGGGAAUUGGAUAUGACUAAAUCGGAAAUAAAAGGGGAAAAACUUGCUCCUUUGUGGAGCUGAGCGCAGGGUCAGCCAUCCCUAAAACUGAGAGUAAGGGGCCUCGCUCAGGGGCCCAACAGUGGCUGCACGGCAGAGCCGAGAACCCCAAACGUGAAGGAAACGUAAACAAAACACUGGUAGGUGACCAGAAGCGGCCGCGGAUUGGAUACGUCUCGGUGGGGGGGGGGGGGCUCUCCUGCUUUAGCUCUGCGGGUCUGCAAGCGACAGCGGAUUCACAAUCGGGAAUCGGAUAUGACUAAAUUGGGAAUAAAAAGGGAACAACUUGCUCCUUUGUGCUGUUUUUAAAUUGAAUAGAAUAAAAUAAAAUGCCUUUAUUUA